AUGACUUCCGACGGUAGGAGCCGCAGUCAACAUCGUCCGCACCAUGCACCAUCAUAUUACGGUGCGGAACAACCCCCUCUUUCCCAACAACAUCCUUCCUCGGCUUCCCAAGCUGCGCUCAGAUCCAGUUCGUCUCGCUCCCACUCGUCGACUUCAGAUACUCGCCUAGGGUCUGUUCACCAGCUCUCUACUUCCGACAAAAAGGAAGGUCGUUCAUCGUCUUCUUCUUCCGCAUCUCUCCACUCUUCGGCCGACCACCACGAAGAGCACGCCGACUUGCCGGGCCCGCUGCCAACCACGCAGACGCUCCAGCCUCUCACCUCGCGUCUGUCGAGAGCGGACUCGCGCUCCAAGACACAGCAGCAUGCUGGCAGCGAGACCAGCAGCACCGGUCGCCCGCGUUCGGCCUCCAACCGCUCCGUCUCGUACCUCGACGCCUCUACGCCGAAAAGCCCCGAUUUGCAGCGCGCUUCGUCGCGUGUCUCGUCAAUACACCGAUGUGCCGAUCCGCACUACCCGGCGUCUGCGCUGGCUCUGACGCUGACCAAGUCCGAGGAUCCAGAGGCGGUGUACAUCGACUGGCCGGCGGACGACCCGGAUAACCCGUUCAACUGGCCCAAGGCGAGAAAGUGGCUGCUGGUCUCGGUGUGUUUUAUGUUCACGGCGUGUACGGCUUUCAACGGAUGCGGGUAUCCUUCGGCGUCGUUCCAGGCCUCGUAUGAUUUGCAUACGACCCAGUUGGUGUAUCUGUGCGGGAACACGGCGUUUCUGUUCGCCGUGUCGAGUGCGCCCUUAGUUCUCGCGCCUUUGAGCGAGGUGUAUGGAAGAAGCCCAAUUUAUCUUACUGCCGCGCUGGCUUUCACAGUGCUAUUUAUCCCGCAGGCACUGGCCAAGAACAUCACCACGAUCAUCGUGGUUAGGUUUUUCCAGGGCAUGGCGGCGUCUGUGGGCAACUCGUUAGUCGCAGGCAGCGUGUCGGACGUCUUCCACGCCAACGAACGCGGUUUGCCCAUGUCGCUCUACUCGAUCGCCGUCUACGUCUCGCAAGGUGUCUCGCCCUACAUCUCGUCCGUCACCGUCAACCGCGCCAGCUGGCGCAUUAUGUUCUGGUGGCAGGGCGGCAUGGCGCUCCUGACGUACGUCGCCAUGUGGCUCGUGCUCAAAGAGACCCGUGGACCGGUCCUGCUCUCGCGGCGCGCCAAGAAGCUCACGCAGGAGACGGGCCGGAUGCACAAGUGCAGAGCCGACGACGAGCGCAUGAGCUUCCUUAUCAUGGUCAAGGUGUCGCUUUUCCGGCCGAUGCAGUAUCUCAUCCUCGAACCAGUCGUGCUCAGCUUUUCUCUCUGGAUCGGAUUCCUGUGGGGAAUCAUCUUUAUCUCGCUCGAAGCGAUUCCUAUCGUGUUUAGCCAGUACGGAUGGAACUCGGAACAGCAACACUUGGCGUUGCUCACCAUCGCCGUUGGCGGUGCGAUCGGUUACUUUGCCAACUUCCACCAGGAGAAGCUGUACGCUGCUGCGGCGCGCAAGCAUGGCGGCAAGCCGCCGCCGGAAGCGAGGCUGUACUACGCAGCCGCCGGCGCGGUGCUGGCGCCCGUCGGGCUCUUCAUCUUCGCCUGGACCGGCCGGGUGGGCAUCACCCCCGCUGCCCCCCUCAUCGGACUGACAAUCUUCAACGCCGCCCUAUACCCGGUCUACCUGGCCGUCUUCAGCUACCUGGCCGACUGUUACGAGCGGUACGCUUCGAGUGCGCUGGCUGCACAGAGUUUUUUGCGCAACGUUUUUGCUGCUGCGUUCCCGUUAUUUUCGCAGCAGAUGUAUGAGCAGUUGACGCCCAAGUAUGCGUCGACGGUACUGGCGUGCAUUUCGGCGGUGUUGGGGGUGGUGCCGUUUGCGUUGCUCAAGUACGGCGAUCAGAUCCGAAAGCGCAGUCGCGCGGCGAUGGCCUUGGAGAGGGAGGAGAGGGAGGCCGAGGAUUUUUUGGCGCAUGAACACGAGAAGCAGUCGAGGAGGGAGGCCAGGCGAGCCGCGCGGGCGGCUAGGCAAGCCGAGUUCGAUGUGGAGAAGAUGGUAGAUGGGGAGGUUGGCAGCGGGCAAGUGGCGCAGCGUGGGGAUGGUGGGGACGAGGAGACCAUCAGCUCGGGUAGUGUCACGCCUGCUAUUGUCGGUGGCGGUGGUGGCCAAUCGAAGGGGAUCAGACCGGAGGACUGCGUCGACUGUAACGACUUCAAGCGCUUGCCUCCUACCAGCAUCGCGUGA